AUGGAGUGUCUUGGGCUUGCCUUGGAGUGGGAGAAUAGCGUGGGGCUCCGCACACGCAUGCGGGAAGAGAAAAAACUCCUCAUUUACCCUGACACGGAACAGUACUGUGCACCCAACCGGGUGAAUGCAGUGACCAAUGGUUUGGUGCUGAUUCCGGUUCUCACGCGCCUUGGCAAAACUGCAAACCAUCGUCUACCACACUUGGAUGAUUUGGUUGAAGAAGUUGGCCGUCUUUUCCAGAAAUGUGGACUUUCUUUGGGGGACAAAGCCAGCUACAAGUGCAGUGUGGAGAUUAAAAAGUUGGCUGGCUUUGUCAAACGCCGCAGUGCUAGGAAGGAGGAGACCAUUGAUGCCUACUUGGCUUCAUGCCGCCGUUCAAAAUCUUGGAGUGAUGAGGAUGCUGAUGACACCUAUGAGGAAGAAGAUGCGCAGACCCAAAAGGAGUUUGAGGACUUGAAGAAAUGGUUGGAUGCAAGCAUCCCUUCCGCUGAAGCUCCUCCGGUGGUCACUGCACCAGCAUGUGACAAGUGCAAAACUACACCUUGCCCACCCAGCGGUGGUGUUGUUGACAAGUUGCAAGCAGCGCGGCAGCUGAUCCUCAAGAGGAUGGCAGAGCUCAAGAGCCAGAUCCUUGUUGAGGAGGAGGAGAUUCCUGCGACCCAACUUGUUCCAGAAGACCCCAAGGUGCUGACUCGCCGUGACCAACUCAAGUUGAAAGAGGCAAAGGAACAGGCAAAGAAGGCUCAGGCUGAGGCAAAGAAGAAGGGCGAGGGGAAUGAUAAUGAGAAGGCGUUGACAAAGGAACAGGCCAAAGCAAAGAAGGAAGAGGAGAAGGCAAAGAAGAAGGCAGAGAAGGUGGCAGAGAAGGAGGCAGAGAAGAAACGGAAGGCUCAAGAAAAAGCCGAAGCCAAGGCAAAGGCCAAGGCAAAUAAAACCAAGGCCAAGGUUGAAGAUGGUGAGGCUACUGGUGGAAAGCCAGAAGAGAGGGAGGAGGAGGAGCCUGAGAAACCUCGGCGGAGGUUGAGGAGGGCACUAGGGGAGGAGGAGGCCGAGGAUGAGCCAGACCCAAAAGUAUCGAAGACAAGGGCCACUGCCAAGGCCAAAGCGAAAGCAGAGCCAAAGCCCAAGGGGGCCCCCAAGGGAAAGGCAAAAGCUAAGGCGGUGGCCUCUCCAAAGAGAGCUCACAAGGGUGAUGAUGAUGAUGAUGAAAUUGAUACGCCCAGGAGGGAAUUGUUCAAGUCUGAUGAUGAGAAGGAAGAUGAAGGAGAUGCUACCCCACAUAUGCGGUACAAUUCCAAGACUGGCAAGGUCGAGCCCCUCAAAGAGAUCCUGGAGAAGUGCAAGCCUCAGGCACACAUGGCUGCCAAAAGGCAGCAGGUCAAGCCAGCUGUCGCUGCACCUGCCUCAGGUGAGCCAGGUGAUGAGGAGGAUGGCAAGAAGACAAAGGGCCAGCGGAAGGGAAAGGGCAAAAUGAACCUGUCACCAUUUGCGAAGAAGGAAGUGAAGCGUAGAAAGAAGCUUGAGGAGGGGAUCAUGAAAGAGGCAGCCCGUGAGGACCCUCAGAUCCAAGGAAUCCUCAUGCAGCACAUGAAGAAUGUGGAGCGAAUGACUGCGGAGGAGGAUGUGAAGGAGUACCUCAUCUCCAAUCUCAAGGACUUUGACUUGAACAAGGAGUUCAGGCUGAAUGAGUAUUGGAAGCGGCCUGCUGUUGGUGUGAAGGUCAUAUCACUUGGGGAUGGCUCUGUGAGCAAGGCCCCAGAGGUUGCCUACUUUGGGAAGGUAGGCACUUGUUGUGGAGGGUGGAAUGUGCAAGUGGCCUUGGUCUAUGCAGCUGCUUCAAUGAUGGCUUCGUGGUUGGCGGACUUGCCCAACGGUGAUUUGCAGGAUUUUGGGAGCCCGACAGGUGCUCUUGUUUGCAGUGCUCUUGGUGGUAUGGACCGAACUCCCAUCAAAGAGCUGGGAGGACAGUUGUUUGUUCAACUGCACUUCUAUGUCCUAGGACGGCAUUGGCGACUGUGCUUAGAGGCAAUUCGCUGGAGGGGUGCACUUGUGUGCAUGGCCCUGGUCGUGUCCAUGCGCACCAGAGGUUUCCCAGCUUUCCUCAGCCAAGUGCUGGUUGUACACAAAGCUUCGUGGUAUCAAUAUCACUAUGGCGCAGAGACCCCGAAGAGGUUGUAUGCCUUUUCCAACUCGAGGCAUGUCUCCAGCUUAAAUCAAGGACAGCUGCUGGGAUGGGCCGCAAAGAAAAAGGUGCUGAAAGACAAGGGCAAAUCCCAAGACUUGGUCGUUCACUAUGAUGAUUCACAGGGCAAGCGGAGAUGGAAGGGAACCAAGGCUCUACGCGCGAGUGAGUGCUACCCUGCCAAAUUUGGCCUCAAACUAGUGGAGCUGUUCCACUCCAUGAUCGCAGACAAGCGUGGGAUGCCUGAGUUGCCUGCCGUGGUUCCCUCAGCAGAGGAAACCUUUGCUAGCUUAGAGUUUGAUGACGUCUGGUCGGAAGCCCACAUGGUAAACGUGUGCCAUUACCUCCGGGCAGGCGUCCACCUGAAAAUCCCACCAAGCUUCAGGGGCCUGCUUCCUACGAAGCUUUGA